UCCCUUUCAUCAUGUUCAAGUCCGUGAUUUUACUGUUGCCGCUGCUGCUGCUCGAAGCAAAUGCCAAUUUUGUCAAUUUCUUCGGUGUCGAUACACUUUUCAACGUAUCCUCGAUGCCCAAACCAGCGCCCUUCGGCUGUGUCGUCGAGCGUUCGUGGGAAUUGACGACGUCUUUGGUGCCGGAUCAGGAACGCGCGAGGGAGGCAUAUAAAAUAUUGGCAAAAGCUUUGCCGCAACAAAAUGUGAAUUUGAACAGUUUGGGACUCAUUGGCUCGUUGGAGCAGCUGAAGCAGAGUCAAGUCGAUGUCAUGAAAGAAAUUUAUAUCAAGCCUCGAGUUAAUUUUAUGAAGGAUAAAAUGCGAUGGAAGCGAAACGAAGUGCCGUUUUGGAUCCAUACUUCGGGAGAUGUUGCUGCGACAAUUACUGGCCAAGUGUUCUACGCUGAGCAUAAUACGAAAAAUCGCGAUAUUAAUGGAUAUUACGUGGCAGAAAAUCCCUUUAAAUACAUGAAAUCCGCAGAGCAAAGAGCCUUUGAAGCAUCUCCCGACUUCCAAAAAGCCUAUAAAAUUGUCAAUUCCAGACUCAAGGAAUAUUUUAAACAAUCCAAAGACUUCAGUGUGGACGAAGUGGUUGCCUCUUAUGACCUUUGUCGUCAUAUAAUCGUCACUUACGACGCCGCAGCUAAACGCGAUCGCGUUUCUUGGUGCAAAAUGUUCGAAAAUGACGAACUCGAGGUCUUUGAAUUUCACGAAGAGCUCAAUUUGCAAAAUAAUUUUUGGCAUAAUGCCUUGGAUUUGGGUCCAAUGGUUUGCGGCAUCAUUGAUUCGCUGCAAUGGACAAUCGCGAGUACCGACAAAGAUCCCAACGGACUCAUUGGCACGACAUUUUUCACAGUUACGCAACAAUUUAUGCCGUUCUUGGAUGCUAUGAAAUUGCUGAAACGUGUCAAAGCGACGGAAUUUAAGAAAGGCAAGUCUAUGGAUUUGAACAGAAUUAAGAGAAUUGCGGGACGAUUGUCGACAAUUACCAUUUAUAAGUACAAUGAGGGUUGCAGCAAACAAACGGAAGUUUUCUUGAAUGGCAAUCCCCAAAUGGUCAUGUACCGAGAACUUGUGGGCACUUUGAAGCGCAAUUACCGAUGCUGAGAUAAAUUUUCAUUUGUAACGUCGUAAAAUGCCAUAAAUUUACUUACCUCGAGUAACGUGAAUGUAGCAAAAAAUUAAGCACAUAAUCCACAAAAACGUUUUUAGUUGGAGAUGCAUCACUCUUGACACUUUGUUCCUUCGUUCGUUAAAAUAUUUCUUCGCAAAAUGCACUUUA